GUGGAAAAGGACAAUUUAAGAGCAACACCCCCUCCCCACACACACCAGCAUACACAGGGGUUCUGGGACAUUGCUACAGAACACUGGGACACAGGCACUGCAGCUGCCUUCACUAUGGACGGCGUAAGCACCGCCAUCUUGCUUCUCCUCCUAGCUGUCAUCUCUCUGUCCCUGACCUUCAGUUCAUGGGGCAAGAGCCAGCUGCCUCCAGGACCCAAACCUCUUCCCAUCCUGGGAAACCUUCUGCAACUUCGCUCCCAAGACUUGCUGACCUCACUCACCAAGCUGAGCAAGGAGUACGGGUCAGUGUUCACCGUGUACCUGGGGCCCAGGCGUGUGGUAGUCCUCAGUGGAUACCAAACCGUGAAGGAGGCUCUUGUGGACAAAGGGGAGGAGUUCAGUGGCCGGGGCUCAUACCCCGUCUUUUUCAACUUCACCAAGGGCAACGGCAUCGCCUUCUCCAAUGGAGAACGCUGGAAGGUCCUCCGGAGGUUCUCCAUCCAGAUCCUUCGGAACUUUGGGAUGGGAAAAAGAAGCAUCGAGGAGAGGAUCCUGGAAGAAGGCAGCUUCCUGCUGGAGGUGCUUCGGAAAACGGAAGGCAAGCCCUUCGACCCCGUGUUCAUCCUGAGCCGCUCGGUGUCCAACAUAAUCUGCUCCGUCCUCUUCGGAAGCCGCUUCGACUAUGACGACGAACGGCUGCUCACCAUCAUCCGCUUUAUCAACGACAACUUCCAGAUCAUGAGCAGCCCCUGGGGCGAGAUGUACAACAUCUUCCCGGGCCUCCUGGACUGGUUGCCUGGGCCGCACAGACGCAUGUUCCGGAACUUUGGAGGCAUGAAAGAGCUCAUCGCCCGCAGCGUCCGCGAGCACCAGGACUCCCUGGACCCCAACUCUCCCCGGGACUUCAUCGAUUGCUUCCUCACGAAGAUGGCACAGGAGAAGCAAGACCCCCUGAGCCACUUCCAAAUGGACACCCUGCUGAUGACCACACACAACCUGCUGUUCGGUGGCACGGAGACCGUGGGCACCACCAUGCGCCACGCCUUCCUUAUUCUCAUGAAGUACCCCAAAGUGCAAGCCCGCGUGCAGGAAGAGAUCGACCGCGUGGUGGGACGUUCUCGGAGGCCGACACUGGAGGACCGCGCAUCCAUGCCUUACACGGACGCGGUGAUCCACGAAAUCCAGCGCUUCGCGGACGUCAUCCCCAUGAACCUGCCGCACCGCGUCAUUCAGGACACGCCUUUCCGUGGCUUCCUGAUACCCAAGGGCACAGAUGUCAUCACACUUCUUAACACCGUGCACUAUGACUCCGACCAGUUCAAGACGCCUCAGGAGUUCAACCCCGAGCAUUUUCUGGACGCCAACCAGUCCUUCAAGAAGAGCCCUGCCUUCAUGCCAUUCUCGGCUGGACGCCGACUGUGUCUGGGGGAGUCUCUAGCGCGCAUGGAGCUCUUCCUAUACCUCACCUCCAUUCUGCAGAACUUCACGCUGCAUCCGCUGGUGGAGCCUGAGGACAUUGACCUGACCCCGCUCAGCUCAGGGCUGGGCAAUCUGCCAAGGCCUUUCCAGUUGUGCAUGAGCGUUCGCUGAGCGCCGUGCCCAGGGACUGCUCUGUCCCUCUUCCCAUCGGUUACCCUGUCAUGGGCCUCACAUUCCCUUCCUUAAGCCCCGCGCCUGCCACACACCUGCCCUCCGCCCUUCCUAUCUUAAGCCCGUAUUCAUGGAAAGAAUGACCUGACAAAGGGGAAACGCCCGUCUUCUACCCAUACAACCUAUUCUGUAAUGCACUUUUUUCCAGGUUUUUGAAUCAUUUCCUAGUAAAUAUCUUGAUAAUAGA